AUAUCACUUCGGAAAAUAAAGAAAAUAUAAAGAAAAUUUGUUCCGGAUUCCAGGCAAAAAUAGUUAAAAACUAUUAUUCACGUGCACUAAAAUCCACUAAAAAGGUUUUCGAAUUAGAAACAUGAGUGCGUCGAGUGAAGGGGGCGCGGGAGGUUCGGGAACUGGCAGCGGCGGAAGUACAGCUCCUGCCCCAUCAGCCGCAGGCCCAUUGAAAACCAUUAAAAUACGCACACACCUGCAGCCCAAUGCAUCAUCAUCAUCAAUAUCAACAUCAUCAUCAUUAUCAGCAGCGGCAGCAGCUGCCUCAUCCUUGGUAUCACACACACAUUCGCCCCUGCAUCUGCGUGGCGUCAUAAACAAAUACUCAUUGCCCCAUUUGCCCUCCGCAGCACACUCGACGGUGGCCGCAAAGAUCACCCACCUGAAGACCGAUGGCGCGGGCUUAAAUGUCGGCGUUGGGGGCAUCUCCAUUAGCGGCGGCACCAUCAAGGUAGCCGCCAAUACCGUGCAACAGACAUCCCUGGGCGCCACUCCGAUUGCACUGAACACGGGACAGGCCACCACGGCCGCCUCCAUACGGGCAAUCGGCGCCGGUGGCCAGUCCACACAGGUGCGUGUCGUCAUGCCCAUGAUCAAGCAGCUGGAGAAUGUCACCGCCACGGGGCGCACCCAGAUCACGGCCAUACCAGCGGCUCCGGCGCGUAGCGUCUCCAAUGCCUCCAUUACCGUCACGCGGCCCGUUACACAGGCGACCUACCUGCCGCGGGCCAGUGUCACCGCCACGCAGAUGGGAGGCGUGGGUGUGGGCGUGAAUCUGGGCUUGGCAGCCGGACAGCGUCUGGUCACACCGCUACGGACCACAUCCACCGGCUCGGCCACAGUGACGCCCGCAGCUCCCACUGGUCUGAGCACAUCGGGGGGAUUUGUGCGUGGAACGGCGGCAACGGUUAGCCGGAGCGGCGUGUCCGUGUCCUCGCAGCAGCCAUCAACAGUGAUCUCAUCGAGCAAUAACGCGGCCUGGAUGCAGAGCACCACCGGGCAGAUGCAGCUUAUUCGUGCCAUCCAUCAGCCGCGCCAGAGGAUCAUCACCACCUCGGCGGGGGUAAGCAGUGCCAGUGUGGUCACCACUGGGGUCCAGGCGCCAACAGCUCUUUCCGUCACAGCUGCCCAGUCUCUGGGGCAGCAGCAGACAACGGGUGGCCCCGGAGCAGGUCCUCAGGCCUAUGUGGCCACAGUGCUGCCUCCGCGGCAGCAUCAGGCCACCCUAGUCUACUCCUCGAAUGUGUCGGCGGGUGGGCCCAAUGCCAAUCCCCAACCGGGUCAGCAGUUCAAUCCACGCUUCGCUGUGACAACACCCACGGCAGGAGGAGUCGUCACCACCACAACGCCGGGCGGCACCACAGUCACACCCCGCCAGGUGCGCCCCAUACCGCUGGGCAAGAGUUUUCCGGCCACCAAACUAAACACGACGAGCAUCAGCAUACGAGCGCCGAGCAUUCCACAGCUCAAUGCCAGCGUCACGGCCUCACAGUCGCCCGUGAGCGUGUCGGGGGGAGCGACAGUGGGUCCGGGCCGUGGUCCAGGCUUAGGAGGAACAGCUCUGACGGCUACCAAUCUGCCCACGCGUAUCAUACAGCUACAGCAGCCCGGACCGGGAGCCACACAGCAGAUUAUUGGGGCGGGCGCCCGACUGGCGGGCAAUGUGAUGCUGCAGCCCUUCCUCAUGAGUACCUCAGCAGCGGCCAAGAUGGGCAUCCGCCCGCCCGUGACUAUGACAGCCAAAGUGCAGCCGUCGCUGACCAUCACUCAGCUAAAUCCAAUUGGCAAACUCGCAACGCCUGGAGGAGGUGGAGGAGCACCUACCAUGACGCCACAGGGUGUGGGUGUGGCCAGCAUACAAGCGGUGCCCGUGCCGAGCGUUUCGGCCAAUGUGGUGAACCCCAAUUCCGUCAGUGGACAGGCCACAGCAGCGGCAGGCGGCGCCACGGUGCUGCCGCUGACAAUCAGUGGAAGAGGAGGAAGCCACUCCCUCACGGGCACGUUAACGCCCAUUAAGAAUGCCAGCGGCAUAACCGUGGGCAAGAUGAUGAUGACCCCAGCUGUUGCAGCGGGUGGGGCGAUGGGUGGUGAUCAGAGUGGAACCACAGUGACGGGAUUCCCGCGUGCCUGGAACCCCGUUGUGGCCUCCCAGAGCCAACUGAUGAAGAUUGAUGAUAAGGGCAGCUCUGCCACAAUCUACUACGAAUCGAUGCCGGCCUCAGCCUCCACGGGCGUCCUCUCGCUGGCCACAACGACCCUCACGCAGAGCACUCAGUCGCAGGCGCAGCUGGUGAGCAGUGCUGGCGGCAGCUUGUCCGUAUCCUCAUUGCCCUUUCCCAGCCAUGCGCCAAUGGGAAUGGGCGUGGGUGGAUCGGGACCUGGAUCGCAGGCAACAUUCACGGUGCUGCCAUCGGGACAAACGGUGGGAGGAGCAGCAGCCGCAACACGCACCACUGGCCAUCAGCAGCUGAUUAUACCAAUGGGCGGGAAUAGUGCCCCACCGCAGCACAUGGUCAUACCGCUGCACACGUCCGUCAAGGUGACCACGGGCGGAGUUAGCAGCCAGCCGGCCACGAUCAGCGGACCUGGCGGCGGUGGCGCAACACUCGUGUCCAGUUUCAUGGGGAAGCGUGUGGCCGAUGGAUCACCCAUUAGGGCAGCCAAGAAUCUGGGACCCACGCUGCUCUCCAUGGCCAGCAACACCAGCGGACCCAGUCUCGUCUCGGCCGCUGGCUCCACAUUCAAUUUGCAGCCCGUUUCCGUGUCCGUGGCCUCGUCCGUGGCCGUUACCAGCUCUGCCCUGACUGUGGAAGCCCUGGCCAAAAAGGAACGAGAACGUGCGCCCCCAGCGACAGUGGCAGCGGCGACAGCGGUGAGAAAUUUACGCGGCGAGUCGCCGGCCUCCUCGGAUGGAUCCACCACAGUGUCGGCGAACUCUUCGCCAGGUGUGGAUCAGCAGCAGCUGCAGGACCGUAUUGGAGAGCCCCAAGCGGCGGCUGUGCCCAGCAGUCGCGACAAUUCCACGCAUUUCAAUCCCAUAAAUGAGUUGUACUCGACGCACCAGUCGAUGCAGCAGACCCUUUCCCACGCCUCGCUGGGCGCCCGCGGUAGUUCAAGCGCCUUUGUGGAUGUGCAGACACCAACCCCACAGCAGCAGCACCAGCAACAGCAGCAGCUGUCACAGCAGUCAAGUCUCCUGGGGCAUUUGGGAUCAGCAGCACAACUCCAGCAACAGCAGCAGCAGGCGGCGGCGGCGGCAGCAUCAGCUGCACGAAUGAAUGGCACGGGCAGCAGCUCCAGUUCCAGCUACGAUUGUUCCGUCAGAAAGAAGCCGCGACGUUCAACCAAUGACAGUCAACACUCGACGCAGAGUCAGGCCUCUCUAUCGCUGCCGCCACCAACUGCAGAGCCAACGGCGGCAACCAACGCCGCUUCCUACAUGCAGAAGCACAACAACGGAGGUCUGCUGGUGGCAGCCGCUGCAGGGCCCGGUGUCGCGCCCAACAGCAGCAGCAGCACGUCGGGCGACAUCAAUCAUCGCAGCAGUGCGCCCGCAGUGGCGGGUAACAAGGAGAAUGCCAAUCCCGUGGAUUUUGUGCUACGGCGACCACGCAAUUGUUCGCUGCUAAAUACGUACAAGCCCACCCAUAAGCUGGCCAACAAUCAUUUCCAUCGCUAUACGGAUGUAAAGCCGCGCGAGGAGCGUGGCGCUUCGAUCAUUGAUCUGGCCAAUCAGCCAAAUGUCCAGGGAAAAAUCAACGGCUGGAAGCUGCAUCAUUUGCGCUCCCAAAUGGAGGAUUUGAACGAAUCCGAGACGUUCAGUAUGACCAAGCUGGAGUCGAUGCUGAAGGACAUUGAAAAGAGCAAGGAGAAGAACAGCGAAAUGGAGCGAGUCAGUGAACUGCUGAAGGGUAACAUACAGCGCAGCAAGAUCAUCACCGAAGGCAUCAACGAGUCACAGAAUCAGCUAAUGAAAGUCUUUGAGCAUAAACCUCAUGUCUCGGACAUCAUAAAUCGCUGCGCCUCCAAGCGGAAUUUCAAGAAGCGCGAUAAAAUCUAAUGGAUUGCAAUUUAUGGAUGGCAUAACAUGGGAUCCGUUGCUAUAUGUAGAUGUACAUUUAUUAAAUUAAGCAUAAUAAUUUUAAACGAGAAGCAAUUUGUAAGACAAAAAACACUUACAAAAAAAAAACAAAAACAAAUAAGAGAAUUCUUAAGGAACUUCAAAUAUUUUUUCAAUUUCUUAAGCACAAAGCAAACAA